AGCUGUAAGAGAAACAUGGAGAAACGAUCUCUUGGCCUUUUCCUAUUGAUGCUUAUUGUGUUGUUAGGUUCUCAAGAUGUGGUGUUGCCAACUGAGGCACGGGUCUGUGAGUCAAAGAGCCAUCACUUCCAUGGUCCAUGUUUGAGAGAUCACAAUUGUGCAUUAGUGUGUCGGACUGAAGGUAAUUUCUCCGGCGGAAGGUGCAGAGGGUUCCGACGCCGCUGCUUUUGCACCAGGCGUUGCUGAUGAAAGGUCUCAUGGGAGUAAAGAAUGCUCCAUCUAUCUUCCAGGGUAUGAAGGGAGCAGCAGUUUACGAAUAAAGAGUGUUUCUUUUCUCUCCAAGGGAGAAGAAACAUUAUUGCUUUCAAUUUAUUGCGUUUUAUGGAAUGUCUGUUCUUUCUGUAUUUUGCUUUAUCAGUAAUUAAUUUAGCUCCUAAUACUCUGAUUAUGUUCGAAAUGAGCUUUAAAUUUCAGAUAUGGUAAAUUGACCUAAUUUGUCGAA